GACGUAUACAAUCUCGCCGUCGCAAUGGCUAAGAAACGGAAAGCUGGAGAAAAAUCUGGCGACUCGGCAGUUCCAGUCGAGCUAGAUCCGCGCGAUUCUCGGAAACGAAUUACGACAUUCGCCGAUGUUGCAGAUUCGGACGAUGAAUUUCACCUCAACCAAGAUGAAGUACGGCUGGGAGAAGAACCCGAUGUGAAGCGGCGUCGCAAACUCGCAGAGCAGGAGGAAUUUCUCGAGCAGUCCGAUGAAGAGAUCCUUGGCUACUCCGAAGAGGAUUCCGAUGGAGACGAACACCAAGAUGCGGUUGCGCCACUCCACAAAGGCCGCCAAUCCAAGCACGGUGCUACAUCUCUCAAUUCUGACGAGGAGAAUAAUGGUGGUGGCGACGAUGCAGAGGAAGACGAAUAUGGAUGGGGCACUUCUCGUGGAGACAUAUAUGGUGCAGAUGUGAUUGAGACGGAAGAACAGGCUUUGGAGGAAGAAGCAGAGGCUUUGCGACUCCAGAAGAAGCAGCUUGCAGCAAUGCGAGCUGCCGAUUAUGGCUUUGACGAGGACGAAUGGGCUCAGGAGCAGACAUUACAGAAGACCGGUAGCAUCAAAGCAACGGUCACGGAAAUUCUGCCACAGCUGCAUGUCUCUUCUGAUCUCGGUCCAGCCGAGAGGCUGAAAAUGCUCAAGACUCGGUAUCCGGAAUUCGAGCUUCUCAGUAAGGAGCUUUUGAGUCUACGGGAACAACGCGCGAGGUUGCGCGACUCGAAACAUAUUUCGCUUACGGGGACCAUAAAAUUGCGAGCGUUGAGUGCUUACCUGGCAUCGCUGGUCAUGUACUUUGCCCUUCUCGCAUCACCUGCUGCGACCACUCAAGUGGAUGCUGCCCCUUUCCCUGCGUCCCAGCUAAGGAACCAUCCUUUGAUGGAUGACUUACUCAAAUGCCGAGCAUUAUGGCAGGAAGUGACGCUCCUACGUGAUACGGAGCCGGAGAAAGCAGUCGAGGCAGCAGCGGUCGCCGUACCAGCCAAGCGCUCGAGGACAGACGACCGUCUCUCCGAGAGCGCCGGAGCGAGUGAGGAUAAGGCUGCGCGGAGGACAAAGAGGUCUCGUGCGGAACUUCACGCUGAGGCAGUACAAGCAGCGGAGACGGAAAGGCUGUCAAAACGAAUGCGUCAGGCCCAGCUCGAGCUUGCGGAUCUUGAUGACCUGAUCGCGACAUCCAAGAAAUCAUCGCGGGCCAAGCCAAAAGCUGCCGAGACUGCUGACGAUGACUCAGACAUUGGAGAUGAGGCACCCAUGUCUGCGCGAGAAGCUGCAGAAAAAGCCCAGCGGAAGAAGAGCCUACGGUUCUACGCCUCUCAGAUUGCCCAGAAGGCGAACAAACGAGGUGCAGCUGGUCGAAACGUCGGAGGCGACGACGACGUUCCGCACCGCGAGCGUCUACGAGAUCGCCAAGCUCGACUCAAUGCGGAAGCCGAGAAACGUGGCCGGCGCACUGCAGAUAUUGGCGACGACCUAGGCGGCGACAGUGACGAUGAGGACCAUCGUCAGGCUCAACAGAUCAGAACCGAGGGAGACGACGAAUACUACGACCUUGUUGCCGCGCGAACAAACAAAAAGAAGAGUGAGAAGGCAGCCCUCGCAGAUGCACAACGGCAGGCAGCACUACAAGGUGGACAGGUCGUGCAGCAGGAGACAGUCGGCGAAGACGGCAAGCGCAAAAUCUCUUACGCGAUCGAAAAAAACAAAGGCUUAACACCGCACCGCAAGAAGGAUGUGCGCAACCCCCGAGUGAAGAAGCGAAAGAAGUACGAAGAGAAGAAGAAGAAGUUGGCGUCCAUCAAACCCAUCUAUAAGGGCGGCGAGGGUCGUGGUGGCUAUGGCGGUGAAUUGACCGGUAUUAAAAAGGGUCUCGUGAAGAGUACCAAACUAUAGACCUCUACUAUUAGCCAAAAAUGGUAACUGCCCAGGUGCUCAACUGGUGCUGUAUGCUGUACAUUGAAAUCUUUUGCAAAAGCCUCAGGGUCUUCGUUAGCGUCCAAUAUGCAUGAGGACUAAUGCAAUGCCGGCACUGCUCCGGCACCGAGAGGAAGAACU